UUUAGUGUUCAAGAAUCUGGUCGAGGCCCAUUGUGGGUGGCCCGCUGGUAAUUUGCAAGUGCCAAAACUUUUAAGUUAGAGGCCACUUCAAAUCAAUUAUUUCGUAAUGGAGCUUAAGGUCUGGGUGGAAGGAAUUGAACGUAUUGUAUGUGGUGUCACUGAUAAUACUACUUGUCAGGAUGUUGUGUACGCAUUGGCCCAUGCUACAGGAAAAACAGGUCGUUUUACUCUUAUUGAACGCUGGAGGAACAAUGAGAGACUUUUAGCACCACAUGAACAUCCAUUAAAGAUUUUGACAAAAUGGGGUGAAUAUUCAAAUGAUGUCCAGUUCAUUCUGCAGAGAUCAUCUAUUGACAGUUCAAAAGUUAUUAACCAACAAGCAAAGACUAAAGUACCAGAUUCGUUACCAGGUUUCAUGCCUUCAACUUCUUCGCCAAUAUCAGCUCUAAAUGAUAGCUUUGACAGUCGGCCAAGUUUGGGCCCCAUUCCAGAUCGAAAUAAAGAUAUAAGGAAGUCAUUAACUUUCAGUGGCAGUCAUCAUGUUCAUGGUUUAUCAGAACUUCGACGAGGAGAUAAUAUUGGUAUAGUGAAAGGAGUGCCACAAGUAAAACCGUCAAUGGAUGCCCAUGAAGAUUCAAGCGGGAGUGGCUCACCAAAGACCGCAAUGAUUCGUGGAGAUGAAAAUUGUUCACCAAAUCAGGAUGGAGGCCGAAGUCCAGCGAAACGGGAAGCACCUCCAUAUCGAGAUCCUCCUUGCCCUGCCUCUCCUCCUCAGAGAUCACUGCCUCCUUACCGUGACCCGCCACCUCCCAUUCACAGCCCCUCUCGAGGAACUCCGCCUCGAUCUGGACCAUCACCCAUGCAGGAUGUCUCAAUUGACUCUCUUUCACCUACAAGCAAGGCCAAGCCUAAGAGGAACUUGCUUAAGCUCAUUGCUUAUGGAUCGUGGCACAUAAUGACGCAGAAGAAAAACUUGAUCUCAGCUGCAGAAUUUAUAGAGAUUGAGACCCAAAGCAAAGAUUUGCAGGAUUUCCAGCAGUCUGGAUGUAAUGAAAGCGAUUCUCAUCAAGAGUCUGUUCUGUACAAUGCCCAAUAUCGAGAUCUUGUGCGUUUAGUGAAUUACCAACGGGAGAAAUUAACAUCUCAACAAGCUGAAUUAACAAAGUUCGAUGCUGAAAUAGUUUUUUGGGAAAGCAAAACAAGAGAGCAACAUCAUCAAUUGGAAUAUCUUACCCAGGAAGCUGCACGCAUGGAGAAAGCUACAAGAAUAACUGAAGAUCAGGUGACAGGUCCUAUUCCUGCCAUAAAAAAUCCCAAGAAGAUCCCAAAUAGCCCACAUAAGCCAGGCAGCACUCGCAAGAUGAUUGGUUCUCCACGUCAGCUCGAAAAUGCUGUACCUACCAGUAAGAAUCCUCAUGGAGUAUGGGUUUAGCAUUUCCAGUGUUUUGAUAUUUUAUUAUUACCCCCUCCCAUAUCUAAUUAAUGGAAUAUAUUUCUUACAUUUAUGUGAGGGACCUCAGUUAUUCCAAGCUUUUUUCGAAAUUUAGUAACAUUAGAUAGAUUUUAUUGUUGUUUUGAUGUGAGGUAAUAUAAGCAGAAUUUCAUGUAUUGUCAAUGCAAAUAUUCAAAUUCUACCUGACCUUUUCUAAUAUUGGUUCAAAAUAAUUGAAAUUAUCAAAACAUCAUCUUUUCAUAUUCCUGAUGGGAAUGUAUUGGUGAAGUGGAUUAAAUGGACUACAAAACUACAUUAAAAUGGGUUACUGAUUAUUUUCUUUUACGUAAAAAGAUGAUUCUGAUCAGAGAGAGGGUUUAGUUAUAACUACUUAAAAAAUCAAAAGUAUUGUAUUUCUUAAAUCUAAAACUGAACAAAUUCUUUGCAUUAACCAAUGCUCAUGAAGGGAUUGUGUAAGAUGUAGUUAUAAAUGUAUUAAUAAAAAAAUUAUUAUUAAUCAAAAGGUACACUUGGGGUAACUGAGUUGUCCAACAUGAUCAAGGAAGGGUUAACAUAAUAAAAGAUAAAUGGAAUAUUUGUGAUUUUCUGGUAGCAACACCAAAGUAUAAUUAUUAUGAUUCUCAGUUCAAUACUGCCCAUUAAAGUUAUCACUAUUAUAUUAGUUGAAUUAUAUGAAUUUUUCCAAAUGAAUAUGUCUGCAAGAUAAGAUUUUGAGUAUGGAAUGAAUGAAUGAAUGAAUGAAUGAAGUAAUAUUAAGUGUGUUUAUAGGUUAAAAUGAGGCACAAGUAAGAGAUUAAUUUUGUUUGUGAAUAAAUAUAGCAGUUACAUUGGCACAACAUGUAACUUUCCUCUUGUGUAUAUUUUAUUAUAAAGUUGAAAUUAUCUAAAAAUUUGUAUAAAUUCAAUUUGUACAUAUACAUUCUCGUGUUUAUUUAAGACCUGUAAGUUGAAGUGGUGGAUCCAAUAUGAAUUCACAAAGAAUUGUAAGGAGAAUGCAGUAACAUUCCAAACCAAAUGUAAGAAUGUUCAGUAUUCUUCAUUCUGUACAGUAAGAGUACUUGUACAGUAUGGGUUUCUAAUCCCUUUACUGUUGCCUUCAUGAAUUAUAAUUUUUUUAAAUUUUCAUAUCUCAGAAGGGAACCAAAACAAUUACCAUGCAUCUCUUUUUCUUUAUGGUAAUGGAUAAAUGCUCAAAGGAGAGGACAAGAAAUGCCCCUCCCUGCAGUUUUCCUCUCCCCCUCUGGAUCUACCUGUGCUUCCCCAAAUCAUUACUUAUUACAAAGAUUUAAUUUUGCCAUAAUAUAAAUAGAGAUAAUGUAGAUAUGUGUUAUGCAAAUAUUUUCCCCACCAUAAUGGUUAAGAGAAAGAAAUAUUUAUUUUAUCUAGAUCAAAUGCUUGAGACUUGCAUUUUGCUCAAGUUCUUAUAUGUGUGUAUGUAUGAUUGAAUGUAUUUUAUUUUAAAGUAUCUGAGCUUCUAGUGGUAUUGUAACAAAAUAUUACAUGUACAUACCUGGCAAAUGUAAUGUGAAUGCCAACACAUUUGCUGAGCCAAAAUUAUGAUAUUUUAUAUGUUAACAUGUUAUUUAGUGCAGUAGAUCAAAUAUCUAUUCAUAAGUAAGAUUAUAUGUUUAUUUAAAUAUGGCCUGUGUCAGUAUUGCCUUUUUGACCAAUGCGCCUAUGAAACAUUUUUCAUACCUUUAUUGAUAAUAAAGUAUAUAUUUAUGCAUUAAA